AUGAUAGUGGAAAAUGAACAUACUGAUGAAUUUCAUUAAUUAUUGAAUAAUAUAAUCAAUUAAAAUCCUGUAUCAAAGCCAUAUUUGUUAUAUUACUAAAAAUUGAAAUCAAAUUAGAAAUAUCAUUAACAAAUAUUCAACCUAAUAAUAUAAGAAUUUUAAUAUCAUACUUAAACUAAACUAAUAUUUUAAGAUUUCUCUUAAAUUAUAUCAUAACAUCAAUAAAUUUAGAGCUAAAUUAAGUUGAUUGAUUAAAUAUUUAAAACAAUUGAAUCAUCAUAAAACUAAUCCAUUAAUAAGGUUUUAAAUUAAAUAUACUAAACUAAAAUUUACAACUACAAGGAUAAAAUAUUGACUCUGUUUUUAAAUUAAUUUUUAAUUUUGAGAUAAAAUGAAAUUGAUAAUAAACUAUUAUAAUUGAUUGCAUUUAUAAAGAGUACUUAAUUUUGUUAAGAGUUUAAAUAGAGUUUAAUUGAAAAAUCAAUAAUUUUUUAUAAUAAGUUCACAUCGAUUGAAUAAUUACAUUAAUAAUAUUUGGUGGAAGAAAAGAUUAUUGAAUUAUUUUAGGAUGUACAAUUAGGAAUAUCCUUAAGAGAAGAGUUUUCAAAGGUUAUAGCAAGAAAUCUUAGUGAUACACCUAUUCUACUUGAAAACAUGUCUUAAAUGAAAAUAUAUUUUGAAUUAAAUUAAAUAAUAGAUAGUAAUAUUUUGAAAGGGAAGAUGUAAAUAAUUAUAUAAUAAAUUUAGUUUUGAUAUGGUUUAUUAAGAUAUGAUUAAAGUAAUAAAUAAUGAAAAUAAAUAAUAAAUAAUAAAUAAUUUAUUUGAAACAAAAGAGUAUUAUGAACAAAAAGUUAGUGAUCUUUUCUAAAAUAAUGAAAAAAUAAAAAUAAGUUUAUCUAGUGCUAUCGAAACAGCAAUUUAACUUAAAGUAAAUUAGUUGUCUGAAUAAUUAUCAUCCUAUUUUGAUUAACUUCUUAUAAAAAAGUAAGAAAAUAAGGAUUUUGUAAAAGUAUAAGAGAGGAUUAAAAAAACAUUAGAACUUAUGCCUUAUUUUUCAGCUAAAGAUAUAUUUGAACAUUUUUACACAUAAAGAAUGACAAGAAGAUUGCUUUUGGAAUUAUCAAUUUCUUAAGAAUUAGAAACAGAAAUCUUAAUAAAUUUAAAAUAAUAAUGUGGAGAUUAAUAUGUAAGAAAAGCUGAGGAAGUAUUAAAAGAAUAUAAAAAAUGUUAUUAAUAUUAACAUUAAGGAGUAGAAGUUAAACUAGUUGUAAUUUCCUAAAAUUCUUGGACUUUAAAAUAAGAUUAAAUUCCUAAAUUUUUUUUGAAAGAAUAAUAAUAAUAUUUUUUGGAGAGUUAAAAUUAAGAAUUAAAGUAGAAGAUUUUAUUAUGGAUGUUGGAAUGUAGCAAUUGUUAUGUUAAAGGUUUCAACAAAGUAUAAAUUCUAAUUUAAUUUAUUAGUAUAUUUUUAUAGUGUCUGCUGUUUAAGCUAUGAUUUUAGAUUUAUUCAACAAUUAGAAAUCUUAUAAAGCUUAGGAAUUCAUUCAACUUAGUGGAUUAUCCAAGGAUGAAAUAAUUAGAAAUUUAAUUCCACUUGAAAAGGAGAAAAUAUUAAUUUUAGACUAAGGAACAUAUUCUGUAAAUUAUGAAUUCGAAAGUAAAAAAACUCAUAUAAAAAUAAAUUAAAUGCAAAAGAUUGAAAAAAAAGAAGAAAUAGAAGAAAAUACAUAAAAAUUAUUACAUGAUCGAAAAUAUGUUAUUGAUGCUUCAAUAGUUAAAAUAAUGAAACGAGAUAAACAACAUACUCUUUAAGAAAUUGUCAAUUUAGUUUUAAAAGAUUUAGGAUUACCAAUUAAAGUUGUUGAUAUUAAAUAAUAAAUUGAAGUUUUGACAGAAAAAGAGUAUUUACAAAGAGAUCAAUAGGAUAUGAGUUUAUUUAUUUAUUUGGCAUGA